UAUGACGCGCCUAAUCAAAGUAACGUCGAAACACAAAACAUAACCAUUAAAUUCGCGAAGCCCCAAUUUUGAAAACAGUUUAGUCAUGGAUCAAACUGGUGAAGAAUUAAUGCUCUUAGAAAGAGUCUUCUUACGUUUGGGCUCUGCAGAAUCAGACGAACAGUUGGAAAGUGUUAUAUCCAAAUUCCUGGUUCCCGUGCUACUUGAACUAUCUUCGGAACAUGAAAACGUUAGAAAGAAGGUCAUGGAACUGUUGAUACACAUAAACAAGAGAAUUAAAGCUAGAUCAAAUGUCCAAUUGCCUGUGGAAGCAUUGCUCACUCAAUAUGGAUACCUAGGGGCGUCAUCAUUUGUGAAUAAUUUUACCAUUAUAUAUUUGCGGUCCGGAUUCCCUCGCCUAUCUAUUGAAAAGCAAGUGGAACUGGUGCCAGUCAUGAUUACCGCUUUGAGAGACAAGCCAACCUCUCAUUUAGAUAGUUUGCUGUUGCUGAUUGUUCCUCUGUUGGGAAAGGUGAAAGUUCCAACUGAACCAGAGAAAAUACGGGAUUUCUUUGGAUUCAGUAAAAGCCCAGAAGUGACUAAGCUUUUUCUGGACAUUUUGUUGGAUGCGAUUCUACUACCUUACAGUUCUCUUACUCUGCAAUCCCAGGAAGCAGCAUCGAGUGGUGCAAAUUCUAUUACCAUCCCAGUGCCGCCUGGCAUGAGUGAGAAUUCCUUUAAACGAAUCACCGCAAACAAUUCGUUCAAACCGGAAGAAUUCGAAUCGAUCAAACUGGGCAUUGUAAAGUUUCUUUCUCAUGGCAUAUUUAAGGCUGAUGAUAUACUGCUUCACUUUAUAGUAGCUGCAUCCGAUACCCGAUUUGAAGUUGCGAACUUUGCUGAUAUGGAACUGAAAAAGGUGGCAGGAUCUGUGGAUUGGAGUUCUCCGCAUAUCUCCCAACCAAUAUUCCUCCUAUUCCUAGGGCUAAAGUCCAAUAAACCGGGGCAAACGAAGGUCGCAGCCGGAACCAGAAUUAGACUGAAACUUCUAGCUUAUCUGUGCAGAGUGCAAGAGGCAGGGUUCGUCUUUCCUAUGAGCUUGCAGAUAAUUUUCGACAGUUUAUAUGGGACUAACACCAAUAACAAAUUGAAAUCACUGGCGCUCAAUUUCACGGUGAAUUUAAUCAGAUAUAGUGUAGGUGACUCUUUAGGAAAAGUUGCUCCUAUUUUGGUGUCCGGAUUGACGAAGCUGAUUAAGGAGGGGGAGCUCGAACAUCAGGCUCAGGCCUAUGUGGCCAUGGGCCUUUUAGUCCAGAAAUUUCCGCACACCGUCUUUGGCAAUGUUCUCCUACUUGAAACGUAUUUUAAUAAUCUAGAGUCGGCCAACACAAAUUUCAAGAUCCAAGUUAGAGAAGGGAUGCUAAAUCUCAUCCAGGCUUAUAAAUACGACAAUUUACCCGAUGAACUGGAUAAAGACGGGCGCCUGAAUCUAAUCAUAGCACUGAUUAGGGUGAAACUCGUUUCUGAUGACUCUAUGGUGAGGUUUUGCUGCGUUCGGACACUGACCACAAUAUUUCCGCCCGAUCAUGUCCCCUCAAAGCUUUUGUUACUGAUUGCAAUUGGCGACAGGGAAGGCGAUGUCAGCCAAGAGGCCUUCAAAUCGAUCUACGGCACCACUCGCCAGAACGAGUUCGAAAUGGCCAGUUUGAUUAAUAAAAAUGGAAUGCCUUCGUUUGUGGACAUGAUCAAGCACGUCCAGAAUGUGGCGACUACCAUAAUGACCGAGAAGAAAAACAUAGUACACGUCGGAGGCCAUGCGAUACCUUUCAACAUUAAUGUUUAUUUAGAGAUCCUCCUGUACCUGCGCCUAUGUCUUUUUCGAAACCUGGAUAUUCCGAUAUCUAGAACGGUUCUUAAGCAUCCAUGUGAACAUACGCCAAAAAUAUCUGAGGCAAUAUUGAAUGUUUACAAUGGCAAAGAGGGCAAAGAGCUACUCGAUCUGUACCUUGAGAUGGUAAUGACCAGCUUACUGGCUCAACCAGGUGCGGAAUCUUUGUCUUGCUUGAUUGAGCUGUUGGGGUGUGUGCCCAACCUGCACACUUUGAUUACUGAUGCCAAUAUGCUUUGGAUGCAGGCUCAGCUCGGCAACUUGAAAGAGGAUAUUAGAGGGUAUGUAGCGGUUUUGUAUGCGCUGGUGUUGCCAUUAAAAGGGAAUUCUGAAAAUUUCGAUGGCGCGGUAAGAGGUCUGAUAGAACACACCGCUAAAAACCAUCUAGAAACCCAACACGGCGCCUUAUUGGCCAUCGGCAACUGCCUAGAGAUGCAAACGUUAUACAAAAAACGACUGGGCGACAGUUUCGGUAACAAGGCCUUAGUUAAAGAUUCCCUUCUAGCAAUUGCUCCAUUCGUUAAGCAUAAGAACGUGCUUCUGGUGGGAGCAGCCAUCACUAGUAUUGGCCUUAUCGCUCGCGUCACAAGUCUACCAUUGGAUAAUGGAAAAUAUCCAGAUGAUGGCAGUCCCAACCCCAAAAAGCCAGCAGUGGCCAUAACAAAGUUCGAACUGGUUCAACAAUUAUUGGAUAUUAUGAACAAUAGUAAACUAGCGGUUAAAAUUCGCGAGAAAGCGGCCAGAUCUCUAGGUCUGAUGUGCGUUGGUGAGAAAUUCGUACACACAAAAAUUGUGAUGGAAGGUUUAUUAAACACUGCUAAAGAAACCAAGGAUGUAGAAGUUCACUUCACGAUAGGAGAAUCGCUGCUAAUGUGCUGCCAAACGGUUUCGUCCCCUGAAGCGCGCGAUGCUUGGCAAAUUCCCCCAGAUGAAUAUUCGGUCAAUAGUACAGAUCCGGUCAUAGAUGAAAAUUUAGAGAUGUUUUUGGAUGAUCUACUCAAGUUAGCUGCUCAGCCACAUCCCAAUUCAAAACAGGCUUCAUGUAUAUGGCUUCUAGCCGUCUUGAAUGGUUGUGGGAAAAGAGAACCAAUUUCCAAACGACUCCAGAUUAUCCAGAACACGUUCAUGAAACUGCUGUGCGAAAAUAACGAUAUUGUGCAAGACGUGGCUUCGAAGGGCCUGUGCGUAAUUUACGACUCGUUCAAGUCCGAGGAACUGUUAACUGCGUUGGUUAAUCAGUUAACUUUAGGCACCAGGCACGUGGCGCAAGUAACCAGCGAUACGAAACUGUUCGAAGAAGGGCAGCUUGGCUCAGCGCCGUCCGGAGAGAAUCUGACCACCUACAAGGAGCUGUGUUCGCUAGCGUCCGACCUGAACAAGCCAGAUUUGAUUUACAAGUUUAUGCAUCUGGCCAAUCACAACGCCAUGUGGAAUUCGAAAAAGGGGGCGGCUUUCGGAUUUUCCAGCAUCGCUCAGAAGUGCGGCGAAGACCUGAAGACACUGAUGCCAGAAAUCGUGCCCAAAUUGUUCCGGUAUCAGUUCGACCCGACGCCAAACAUUCACGACUCCAUGACCAAUAUUUGGAAAGUUUUAGUCACCGAUCCACAAACCACGUUGGAUACAUACUAUCACGAGAUUUUGAAGGAUUUAUUAGCGAACAUCAACUCGGCGCAGUAUAGAGUUCGACAGUCGUGUUGUCUAGCUUUGCAAGAUGUCCUCAAAGGAUCUGCUCAUCGCACCAUACACGACGCCGUUGAUUACAUGGACGAAUUGUGGAGCAAACUGUUCCGGGUUAUGGACGACCAUCACGAAGCAACAAGAAUAAGUGCCAAUAAAACCGCACGAGUACUAAGCAAGCUGUGUAUUCGCGGAACUGAUUCAAAGCAAGGAAAAGCCGGGGUGAAAAUGAUGGAAGCAAUAUUGCCCAUUCUGCUCAACACUGGAAUAACGCACACGGUGUCCGAGAUUCGGAUUGUUAGUUUGCAAACUGUGUCCGAGCUAGUCAAUUCAGCCGGGGAUCAGAUAAAGCCGUUUUUACCAAAGCUGAUUCCUGCGCUAUUGCAAGCGACCGGCGAGCUGGAGUCUGCCAAGCUCUCCUAUUUCAGCACUAUGAUGGGGGCCCGAACCGAGAUGCAAGAAGCGAUUGAUAGUGCCAGAGCUUCGAUAGCAAAGUCCCAUUUUACUACCGAGACUGUAUCAAAGAGCUUACGGUACGCCGAUAGCUCCAUGUUAGACGAAUUAGUGCCCAAAGUCUUGGAGCUGAUUAAAUCCUCUGUGGGUUUGGGUACGAGAGUAGCUUGUGCGCAUUUUAUCACGUUGCUGGUAGUCCAGCUAGGAGCAGACCUUGAGCCAUUUGCUGGCAAGAUUUUGUCCACUUUAGUGACUGGGUUAACAGAUCGAAAUUCGGCCAUACGAAAGCACAAUGCCUCCGCUAUCGGUCACUUGGUUUCGGUAUGCAAACCUUCGAGCCUGGAGAAAUUAUUCACCAAAUUGCGAAUGUGGUACUUUGAAAGAGAGGACGAUUCAAUUAGAUGGGCCAUUGCCUGCACCAUUCAGUCCAUAGGCAUUCAUAAUCAGGACGUGAUCAAGACGUACUCGACAGCCGUAAUGCCUUUGGUGUUUUUCGCUACACAUGCGGAAAAAUCACCAGAGACUCAACAUACUCUGGACCUAUGGGUGGAAAUCUGGUCUGAACACAGCCCGGGCACUGAAAGCGGAAUACGGCACAACAUCGAGCCGAUUUGUGAAAUGUUGAAAACUGCCUUGGAAUCUGCAUCGUGGACCGUUAAAGCACAGGCAGCUAAUGCAGUGACGACUGUAGCAAGCAAAUUGGGCUCCACCUUGAAGCUCCAACACAGCAACGCUUUGCUGACUAUUCUGCUGGCAGGUCUAACAGGCAAAACUUGGAAAGGAAAGGACAAACUGCUGAAGGCUUUAUGCAGCAUUUGUACGCAUUGCAAGGACUCGCUAAAGGCCCAAAAGCCCACGAAAAUUGCCACAAUCACCCAGGCGAUCUGCCGCGAGUCUCGCAAACAAGAAGUGGCCUACAAAAUCGCCGCCUUGGAAUGCCUGGGGGAUGUCGUUUCUUCACUGGAAGUGGAUGUAUUUGAAGACGUUUAUGAAAUACUGAAACUCAUUCUAGAUAGCACCAGACAAGAAGAUCCGGAGGAAGAGCAGGCUAAGAACAGGGAGAACGAGCUGAGCUUGAAAAUAGCCGCUUACGAGUGCCUGGGCAAAACGUGGCCGGAGAACAGCCCACAGACUCAAGAAAAAUACUGGACCAUAUACAUGCAGCAUUGUGUAGAAGCUCUGCCUACAGUCAGCAGACCGAUUCAAAACAGCAUUUUGGUGGCUUUGUACAGUUUCGUGAACAAGCUCUAUUUACUGCAAAAAACUAGCGAGCAAAUGUCGGCUGUUGAAAAGACCAACCUAGGGAUUGUCGUCAAUCAGUUCUUACAGACCAUCACUUUGGUGUUACGUGAAUCAAAGCAGACGAAAAUGAGAAAGGAGGUGCUGAAUAUCAUCUUUUGCAUGGCCACUAAACUCAAACAGAAAAACAUAACAGACGAACUGGCAAAUGUUACAGCGAUUUUUGCCGACAUUUCAGCCAAGUUGUCGUCAGACAAUCAGCCUGAAAUUAAGUGCAGGCUGCACGAUAUUAAACAACUGUUGAAUUAGGAACGAUUUGUGAACCACCGCUAUUUCAUUUAAUUAAUAAUUAAUAAAGAAUAUAAAUUAACUAAAAA